UUUUUUCGUGGUUUCAUUUUUCUCUGCGCUCGUUUCCUUCCUUCCUUCCUUUGCUCCCACCGAUUCUGCGGGAUCGAUUUGGUCUAGGGUUUAUCGGAGGGAGAAGGAGGAGCACAGAUGGGGCAGCAGUCGUUGAUCUACAGUUUCGUGGCGCGGGGGACGGUAAUCCUGGCGGAAUACACCGAGUUCACCGGGAAUUUCACCGGAAUUGCGGCGCAGUGUCUGCAGAAGCUUCCGGCCACAAAUAACAAGUUCACGUACAACUGUGAUGGCCACACCUUCAAUUAUCUCGUCGAGGAUGGAUUUACAUAUUGUGUUGUGGCUGUCGAAUCCAUUGGUAGACAAAUUCCCAUUGCAUUUCUCGAGCGAAUCAAGGAGGAAUUUACCAAAAAAUAUGGUGGUGGCAAGGCUGCAACUGCUGUUGCAAACAGCCUGAAUAGAGAAUUUGGGCCCAAAUUGAAGGAGCAAAUGCAAUACUGCAUCGAUCAUCCAGAGGAGAUCAACAAGCUUUCCAAAGUAAAAGCUCAGGUUUCAGAGGUCAAAGGGGUGAUGAUGGAAAACAUCGAGAAGGUUCUUGAUCGCGGAGAGAAAAUCGAGCUUUUGGUGGAUAAAACUGAAAAUCUUCGGUCUCAGGCACAAGAUUUCAGGACACAGGGAACCAAGAUGAGGAGAAAGAUGUGGUUGCAGAACAUGAAGAUAAAGCUGAUUGUGCUCGGUAUCAUCAUCGCCUUAAUACUUAUCAUAGUGUUGUCAGUUUGUGGAGGGUUCAAAUGCAACAAGUAAUGCGUUCUUUCAUUUUGUGUCCUGCCGUACCUAUUCUUGUUUGUUGCUUGGUUAGCUUUUUGUUAUGUAUAAUGAAAUAUUAUGAUCCACUUUACCCUUUGUUACAUAUAUAUAUACUGUAUUUUGAGUUUGUAA